AUGCCUCCUGCGCUGCAGGACGCUGACGCUGCGGCUGCGGGGGGAUGUGCGUGCAAGCAUGUGAGUGUGAUGGUCUCCGCGGAUGGGGGCCCAACGGAGGCGGGACGGGACGGCUCUCCUGUGGAGUGUCACAGGCAGCCUACACCCGCGCAGCUCCAACGUGAGCUGUCGUACCUGCUCCACGUUUUGCAGGCCGCACAUGCGGAGACGCGGUGGUGGCAGUCACGCUGCACCGAGCUGCAGGCGGAGUUAAACAACAAAAACUUACAACAUACGGAGAUCAUGGCGGAAGUGCAAGAGCUGCGCGUGGCCUUGGCGCAGGAGCGAAUGAUGUUGUUGCAUCAGCACUCUCAAGAAGGGGCAGAAGCGGAAGGAGGAGAAGGUGGCGGGGAAAAAGAUGUUCUUUUGACCUCUGCUCAAGAGACUACCGACGAUGUGCGCAGCAGGGAGGUGGGCCGCGGUUUUGCGGCGCGGGCACUUCUCUCCCCGCUACCUGACGCGGCCGUCCCCUCGGCAUCUCCAUCCCGCUCACGCUCUGCAACGCCCUUACCACGCGAGAGUUGCCUGGAGCGGCUGGCGCGUGAGGCUUUCUUUUUGCUGCCGCCUGCGGCCUCCGACACCAGUGAGAACCACGAUGCUGCUGUAGCCACCGCAGUUGUGCCACUGCGCCGUGACCUCUUUACAUCCCCGCCCCCCGUGAAAUUCCCACGGCCCUCCAUAGAGACUCUGCAAGCCGCAAAGCAUGCCGUAGCUGCCGCCUCUGCGGUUAAUAAGAGAGAUAAACACGCCGUCACGGCUGUAGCGCGUGGACGCCACGGCGGUUGUACACAGCACGUGCGCGGCGAUGGUGACGGUCAUGACGCGGAGGCAUUGCACCUCCUGCAGCGCCUGGUGCCCGGGGUCAGCGGCGGCGGCAGGCUCUUCAGCGUCGCUGUGGGUGUGUACGACGGAGUUUACAAACUCGCGAAACGUUGGAGUCGCGCGGAGGACAAGGCACGGCGACACGGCAAACGCCUGCGUGAGUUGGAGACCAAAGCCGCUGCAGUGUCGCGGCUGGAGGAGUCUUUGCAGCGAUGCACCCGUCUCAACGGUCUCCUGCACUGCCGCGCAGAAGAGAAGGAGGGCGUGAUUUGGCGGCUGCGGGAGCGACUUGUCGUUGUCCGCAACGAGGUGGCGGAGCUCAAACGACGGCUCGCAGAGCCGCAACGACACGACAAGCCUAAUGAGGCGGAAGAAACGGAAGAAGGAGAAGCGACGGAGGCGACGGGGAUGCAGCAAGUUGGCCCGGCGAGGGAGCGGAACCGUCCUUCACUGCGACCCAGCCGUGACACGGACGACGCUCAUCCGUGUUGUCGUCUCUGUUGUUGCUGCAGCGGUGUCAGUCGGGCGUCGCGGAUCUUUGGCGUGAAGGCUUCGCGCGGUGCAGUGACGACGUGCCGAAGUGACGACGCCAACGAGAAGGAUGGCGAUGCCCUGCAGCGGGAGCGGGCCCAUGCGGACGCUGCCGCGGCGGAGUUGGCUUGUGUGCGGAAGGAGCUCCAGCGUGCUCGCCGUGAGCUGCGGCAGGGUAAACACCUCCUCGCGCGUCUUGUACGGGAGGGACGCAGUGAACUGCGGAAGCAUCACCUCACCGAGGAGGCGGAAGAGGCCUCCACGGCGGUGGUGCGAAGGCGGCAAACACACAGGGCGCGUGACACGUCUGCCGUGGAGUCGCCAGAGCCCCGACCGCCCGGGGUGUUGUUGCCGGCCUCUUCGUCCGUGGCAUAUCACUCUGGAGACGCGCAGAGGCAUGACCCAUCCCACAGGGCGGGGUCCGCAUCAUUUUUAGUAUCAACACUCCGCGGUUCCCCGUCGCGGGAGGGGGUGGAGACAGUAACACCUACCAUGCUGGGCCAGCGUGACGAGCAAACAUUGUGGCACGAGGAAUAUGAGGAGUGGCAGCUCCCACUCAAAGAGGCGACGCCGCGAACGAAAGGCUGGAGUAGCUGGGCGAUGGAACUGGCGGACGACAGCAGCGUCGCUCCAUGGGGUGACUGGUCAAACUCGCCACCGUAG